AUGGGCUCUCUCACGACAUGGACUCCAGUGAAGAACGUCGGACUCAACCUCACAGUCAGCACGAGUUAUGACGUGUGUGAUGCACAGGAGACACCUCCAGAUCCUCAACAGCCACCGACGGUCGUCACUGUUCAAGAUAUGAUUCCCUUCCCACUCCCAUAUUCCGCUCCACCUGCUUUAUACAUGUAUUCUGUCUUCGAUUUCCCAGCGCCAGAACUCUCCACACCUCCGGAAACGACGCGCAAAAGAACAUCAGACGCCGUCGAUUCCGAUUCGAAACGAAUGAAGACAGAGGCGGAGGGAACGGAUUCAGAUUGUUGGCUGGAUGUAGAAAUAUACCCUUCAGAAGAUUCUUUCACGGAAAAUAUGCAGAUGGUGGAGGUACCAGAAGAAGUGAAUCAACCAGAAGAUCCGAUUGAUCUAGUGGAUCAUCUGGUAUCAAAUCAGGAACCGUCGACGUCUUCAGAAGUGCCGGCCAGGCGAAGAUCCAAACGACUUGAAAGGAUUCCUACCAAAAUCCCAGCAUCUUUCACGAGGAAACCGAGGGCUCCAUGUGUUCAACCGGUCAGGGCGCAACCAAGAAAUCGAUACGGAAAGAUCAAUGUGCACCGAGAUUCGAGAUUAUGGUUUGCAAAGUCAUCAAUUGUGUGUGUUUCUCGACGAAACGGUGUAGCGGAAGCAGCAAGAAGAGUCUUCAAAUACAUUGAGGAUGAGGUUAAGGAGUCAAAUUGCAACGCGUACAUGGUCCCACUGGAAGAAACGGCUCCAAUGACAUCGGACUUCCGUGGUCUUAGCGAGCGACUAGAUGAAAUGGUUCUCGCGGAUCCCAUCGAAUUGAAGGAUGUCUCUGCCUCGACCCACGAUUACCCAGAUAAGAUCAGUUUCACUGGUGCACCACUGUUAGAUCCAUUGACUACUAGCAGUCAUGAAGUGCUGGAAGCUGCCAAACGUCGUCGGAAUACAAAUGAGAAUCAUGUGUUCCAAAAGUUUGAUAAAACGAAGAACAAAUACUUUUUCGAUGAUUGUAACCAGAAAGUUGUUCCAAAAGAAUUGGAAUUUUUCGAAAGGUUCCGAGGAGAGGAGCCGGCUCCUGCUCCAGGAUAUCUCCCUGUUCCAAUUUACCAAGUGGACAGUUUGGAGCAAAUGCCCAGAGUUCUCGACGUGCUCUCCACUACAAGUAUGAGUGUUGUUCGUGGACUCGGCGACGUAAUUGGACUGAAUCCGGAUGAUUUCUUGAUUGAAACACUCGCUAAAGUCAAACAUGAUUAUGAUUUGAUAUGUCUGCGACAGAUUCCUCAGAAGGCGACCACCAACUAUUGGUGUAUCCCAAAGAAAGGAAAGAAGGGGGCGAUGCCUCGCGGCUGGGCUUGCUACGACGCUCAUCACACGAAGAAACUCGCUGAUUUCAGUGGAUACUAUGAGAAGAUUCAGGAGUUGGUGAGAGAAGCAAUCUCGCAAAUCGAGACCAAUCCGGAGGACGUCGACAAAAUCACUGAAGAAUUGGCAACCAAGAUGAAAGACUCAAGUAUGCCAUUAGACGGGAUCACUGGAAUCGCUAAGGAUGCAACAAUGAGCGCAUUUGGUACAAAUAUGGAUUUGACCGAUGCGAAGACUUGGCCAAGACAAGCAGAGAAUGUGACUCGCUUCCCCGACGCCUUCCGUCCAGAUGGGUGCGGAACACUACUGAAUUACGCUGGAGAGAUGAUAGCUGGCCUCAACAAGCCACAAAUGUACUUGAAACUCCCAGGAGGACGUACCAUUGGCCAUCUCGAGAACAACUGUCUGGCCUCUCUGAACUAUAACACUGGACCAGGAGACUGUAUUUGGUACGGUAUCCCAAUGGAGUAUGCCGCCCAAGUUCAGAAGAUUGUUGCGAAAAGGAUGAAAUCGCAGAAGAUGCUAAUCGAGGGAUUCUGGGGAUGCGAAGCGGAAAUCAUCGCCGCCGGAAUUCCACUUCAGAAAUUCAUCCAGAAGCCAGGAGACCUCGUUUACGUUGGAAUUGGAACCUACCAUUGGGUACAGUCGAGUGGUUUCACGACGAAUCUCUCCUGGAAUUUGGCCACGCCCACUUACAUUCAAUUGGCUGUCGCUGCCGCCUGUCAUGAUUAUUAUUUGGCCAACAAAUACCCGUCGCUCAUGCCAAUUGAGGUUAUCGCGUGGAAUAUGGUGAUGCAGAGAGCUGAAAUGGAUGAGAAGAUGAAGCAACUAGUGAAAUCCAUUCUGAUGCGAUCUCUCGCCAACUGCCAAUUCGAAAUCGAUUACUUCUCGAAAAAACCCAAAAUCUUCACCCCAAAAGAUGCUAAAAAUGGCGACGUCAAUAUGGCGUCAGUCGAACGGUGCAAUCAUUGCCGUCAAGUACUCUUCAACAAUAUUCCCGUCGUUCUUAUCAAGGAACAGAUUCCUCCAAAAAAAGGAAAACCAGCAAAAUAUAUUGAGAAUGAUGGAACUGGAACGACCGUCGUGCCACUGGUAUUCUGCUUUGGAUGUUGUGCGAAAAUGAGAUUCCGACAUGUCACCGUCUAUCAGCGAUACUCACUCGACACCCUCGCAUCUCUCUUCGAUGGAUUCCACGUGUCGAGAGAUGUUCCAUCGGCUCCAGAUGUCCCAUCGACGUCGACCGCCUUCGAUGAUCCGUACGAUUCGGAAGAUGAUGACGAUUACGACCCAAAUGCUCCAUCCACUUCGACUGCUCAUUUGCAUCGACGCAAGAGAUAUCACUGA